ACGACGGCGAGUAAUCUGCGUCUGCGAAGCCGGCUGCACACACCGAUAGUGUAUCUUCUAAAUAAACAACAAAUAAAAGCUCACGCAAAAUGCCGUUUAUGUUAGGCAAAAAUCCCAUACGGAGAACGGUAAAAUAUUUAAUGGCUGGGAAAUUAAUUCUAAAGGAUAAGAUACAGGUCUUAUCCAUAAAUUAUAACAUGCUUGGUAAACAACACAAAGGCGCAAGGGAUUUCGUGCAUUGGCAUAUGUGCCAGGUGCAAUACAAAAAUCCAAAUGUACAAAUAGUUACUUUGCAAAACAUAACACCAUCGCCGUUCAUUAAGUGCUAUUAUGAGGACGGCAAGACAAUGUUAAUAGAUAUAGAUACCAAGACCAAGGACGAGAUACUUGAACAUCUUGUGAGAGUUAUUGGAAAAUCGAAACAGGUAUUAGCCAUGGAAGAUAUCACGCAAAAAAAGAAGGAAAAUCCAGCAAAUUUCGGUGUUGGUUGUGAAAAGAGCUGUAUGUGUAACAUCCCUGGACAAGUGCCUUGUCCUGGUGUAGUGCCUCUGCCAGACCAUAUGCGUUUUAAGAAACAGAGAGAAAUGAAAGAACAGUAAUUAUUAAAAGAUUUUGUAUUGUCAGGUGUACGCAUAAGUCUUUAGUCUUUCUCUUUUCAGUUUUAAACAAGUUUCCUAGAGAAGUAAUAAAAGAACUAAAACUCAUGAAAAUAUCUUACAAUUGUUAUAAUAAUAAUAAUGUACUAUACCAUGUAUCAUACAUAUAUGUCUUUGUGUAUUCAUAAGCACGGAUGGAAGUUAAUUUAUACAUCUUAUAUUUUGUCCCAAAGCUUGUCACAUGUGCGUUCGUUAUAGAAAAAGGUCUCCAUACAUUAUGAAAAUA